ACGCCCUUUUCGUUCUGCAGACAUCCUAACAGCACACGUGGCGGAGCCCUCUCCAGACAACACUCCACCCGACAUACAGCAACAACAACACCAAAUCAAUGCAGCGCACUAUUAAACGCAUUCUUAUUGAACAUUUUCAAGAUAACUACAUCUUUUAGAACAUCAAGUGAAUAUUUUGAACGCGCAGCCUACAUAUACAGGGGAAGCUGUCGAACCAACGAAGAGGACAACGGAAUUAUGCCGAAAGGACAUCGUUAAUAAAACAGUGUAAUCAGUCAUGGAGGGUCUCUCUCGUGCUAACAGUCUCUUCGCUCUGGAUCUCUAUCGGACUCUGAGCGAGAGCAACGCUGAGGGAAACAUGUUCUUUUCCCCACUGAGCAUCAGCGCAGCGCUCAGCAUGCUCUACUUGGGAGCUCGAGGAGACACUGCCAAAGAAAUGGAAAAGGUUUUGUCCUUCAGUUCUGUCUCUGAUGUUCACUCUCAUUUUGAGACCCUCACCUCAACUAUCAACAGACCAUCAACCUCCUACAUCCUCAAAUUGGCCAACCGCCUCUAUGGAGAGAAAACCUUCAGCUUCUUACCUGAGUAUUUGGACUCCACUCUGAAGCUGUACCACACGGACCUUCAGGCUGUGGACUUCAUUGGAGCAUCUGACAAGUCACGACAGCUCAUUAACAAAUGGGUGGAAGAGCAGACAGAGAAUAAAAUCAAAGAUCUUCUCAAGCCGGGAAUGGUGACGGGAAUGACUCGACUAGUUCUGGUUAAUGCCAUCUACUUCAAAGGGAACUGGAUGCACACAUUUAAAGCAAGAGAAACUAAAGAAAUGCCAUUUAAAAUAAACCAGAAUGAGAGCCAGCCUGUGCAAAUGAUGUAUCAGAAUAAAAAGUUCCCCUUCAGAUACAUCCCAGAGUAUGAACUGCAGGUGCUGGAGUUACCAUAUAAACAGGAGGAGCUCCACAUGUUGAUCCUUCUUCCAAACGAAACUCAGGAUGGCUCUGACCCUCUUCUGAAACUGGAGAGCGAGUUGACACUUGACAAGCUGCUUGACUGGACUGAAAGAGACAAAAUGGCCAUGAGGAUGGAUAUCAGAGUCCAUUUGCCAAAGUUCAAGCUGGAGGUUGAGAGCUCCCUAUCAGAAAUACUGCAAAAGAUGGGUAUGAGCUCUGUGUUCCAGGAAAAAAAGGCUGAUCUGACAGGCAUGAGCAGUCAGUGUGGGCUCUUCAUUUCAGCAGUGAUCCACAAAGCAUUUGUUGAGGCACAACCCCACUAACAGCAUCCUCUUCCUUGGCAGAUUCAGAGGCCCAUCCUAAAAUGUGGGUUUUUCCUGUUUUUAAUGAAGAGGGAAUUAUGUUUUUGUUUUAAUAUUUUAGCAGACAAAAUUAUUCACACCAUUUGUGUUUGUUUUUGUGUUCACAAAUGGCAUUAUUCCAGAUCAUUUAUUGUAAUGUCAUUUUAGAGUCAUACAUUUUGGUUUUGAGCAUGACCCUUUCAGUUGUAUAUUUGUGUCAAAUCGUUUUAGGGAAAACUGGCUAAAUAAAGACUGGGUAUUGUCUUUUACAAUCAGUCAUAUCCUCUUUUAUUCACUUUGUGUAGCUGAAUCUGUGUAGAGCUGACAGACUCA